AUGGCGUUUGAUUUGCCUCAUCAUUCUUGGUGCGUAAAAUGGCGUUCGUGUUUUCCGUCAGCAUGGAACGUGAUACUGUUCCUCUCGUGUCUCACUCAUGUCGUCAGUGGCCAAAUUCGCUAUUCAAUACCAGAGGAGAUGAAGAAAGGGACGGUAAUCGGUAACGUAGCGCAAGACUUGGGACUGGAUCUGCAAAGGCUCCGUUCUGGCCGGGCUCGCAUCGUCACGGGGGAGAGCGUUCAGUACACCGAGCUGAAUACGGACAAAGGGAUUCUAGUCGUGAACGAGAGAAUAGACAGAGAGCAGCUCUGCGGUGACGUCACGCCCUGCAGCUUCAGCUUCGAAAUCAUCCUUGAGAAUCCGAUAGAGUUGCAUCGUGUAGUUGUGGAAAUAUUAGACGUCAACGACCACGCGCCCACUUUCAAAAAUAAACACGUUCAUUUGGAAAUUAGCGAAUCUGCAACCAUAGGGUCCCAUUUUGACUUGGAGAGCGCAGACGACUCCGAUGUCGGGGCUAACAGUCUGCAAAAGUACGUUUUGACUGCGAGUGAUAGUUUUGUGUUGAAGCAGCAUUCUCACGCAGACGGAAGCACAUUCGCCGAAAUGAUUUUGCAGAAACCUUUAGACAGAGAGACCAAUCCCCGCCUCUCUUUGAAACUGAUAGCAGUGGACGGCGGAGCUCCGCCGAGAUCAGGUACGGUAAACAUAGACAUCACUGUUUUAGAUGCAAACGAUAAUGCUCCCGUUUUUAACCAGUCAGUGUAUAGAGCUACUGUUGUGGAAAAUGCCCCGAUCGGUACUUUUAUUACGGCUGUAAACGCUUCCGACGCUGACAGCGGGUCAAACGGCGUGGUGACCUACGCUUUCUCUAACCUAAAGGGAAACACCGCCGAGGUGUUUGACAUCAACAGUGCGUCUGGAAGAAUAUCUGUCGCUGGUAAGAUCGACUUCGAGAAAGACAAGAAAUAUGAAUUAAGAGUCGGGGCCAAAGACCAGGGUGGGCUGAAUGACGCAAGCAAAGUUAUCAUCGACGUCAUUGACGUUAAUGAUAAUGCCCCCGUUAUAAACGUAAUGUCCUUUUCCAGCCCCGUAUCGGAGGAUACGCCUGCCCGCACGACGAUAGCCGUUAUCAGCGUGAAAGACGCAGACUCGGAGAGAAACGGAAAGAUCACGUGCUCAAUAGAGUCCAACCUUCCGUUUAAAAUCGAGUCUUCCUUGACAAACUAUUACAAUUUACUUUCUGAAACAGCUUUUGAUCGUGAAACAAUGCCAGGAUACAAUAUAACCAUAACGGCGACGGAUUCGGGGCUUCCUCCCCUGUCUAGCGCAAACACUUUACAACUGAGGAUUUCUGACGUAAAUGAUAACGCACCGUUCUUCACUAAGCCAAGCUACACAGCUAGCAUCGUGGAAAACAACGUCCCGGGGACAUCAGUACUUACCGUCAGCGCGCGAGACUAUGACUGGAGUCAAAACGCCAGAAUAUCCUACCUGUUAGAGGACACACAGGCUAGCACAGUUUCUAAUUAUGUAUCCAUAAACUCUGAAACUGGUGUUGUACAUGCAGUGCGCUCCUUUGAUUAUGAACAAAUUAAACAACUGCAGGUAGUUGUUAAAGCGCAGGAUGGAGGCUCUCCUCCACUCAGUAGCAACGUGACUGUGAAAAUAAUGAUCCAGGACCAGAACGACAACGCCCCUCAGGUUCUGUACCCAGUCCAGACCAGCAACUCUGUGGUGGCUGAAAUGGUGCCUCGCUCAGCAGAUGUGGGCUAUCUGGUGACUAAAGUGGUGGCUGUUGAUGUGGACUCUGGACAGAAUGCCUGGCUCUCCUAUAAGCUGCAGAAAGCCACAGACAGGGCACUGUUUGAAGUGGGCUUACAGAAUGGGGAAAUAAGGACUAUCCGCCAAGUCACUGAUAAAGAUGCUGUGAAACAAAGGCUGACUGUUGUAGUGGAGGACAACGGGCAGCCCUCUCGUUCAGCUACAGUCAAUGUUAACGUGGCGGUGGCGGACAGCUUCCCUGAAGUGUUCUCGGAGUUCACUGACUUUACGCACGACAAGGAGUACAAUGACAACCUGACUUUUUACUUAGUCUUGGCUUUGGCUGUAGUGUCCUUUCUCUUCAUCACCUGCUUAGUGGUCAUCAUAUCAGUGAAGAUAUACAGAUGGAGACAGUGUCGCAUCCUCUAUCAUUCCAGUCUGCCGGUGAUUCCCUAUUAUCCACCACGUUACUCAGACACUUUGGGGACAGGGACUCUCCAGCACGUGUACAAUUACGAGGUGUGCAGGACGACUGACUCCAGAAAGAGUGACUGUAAGUUCGGCAGAGCCGGUAGUCAGAACGUGCUGAUAAUGGACCCCAGUUGUACAGGGACGAUGCAGCGGAUCCAGAAUGAAAAGAACAUCCUGGAUGAGCCAGACUCUCCUGUAGAGGUGAGUCUAAUGAUCUGUGAUGAUUCACCAUCAUAA